UCAGUAGGCAAUAGCGGCCAAUACUAAACGUGCUCUGCGUCACGGCGUCGUACAUGCAGUAUGGCUGCCGGUUUCGUCGGCUCCACAAAAAGUUUUCCAUUCUCAUUCGAUGUGGAUGUGGAUGAGGAUGAACAGGGUCGCAGGACCCCACACCUCAGCAAACGCAUAGGCAGCGAGAGCCCGACGAGUGCGGUGGGCGCGGAGGCGCCCCGCGAGCUCCCCAACGAGUUGUCAGCGCCGUACGAGGUGCCGCAGUUUCCUAUCGAGCAGAUAGAGAAGAAACUCCUCAUACAGAGACAACUUAAUGUCAAGGCAGCAGAAUGUGGUCAGUCAGCGCGUUCGUUUGGAGGCAGCGAGGCGGGUGGUGCUGCAGCGGUGUUCGAGGAGGCGGCCCGGCUGAGGGUACCUGAUGAUGACGAGCAGGAUGUCGUGUUGCCGCACUUCCAAAGAGUCGCAAUCAGCGGCGAGGACACUUCAGGUGUACCACUAGAAGACUUGCAGCAAGCAUCGUCAUACCUGGUGCAGGCGCUGGAGAUACGGAAGAAGUACAUGGAGAUGUCACAUCAGAGCUACUCCACUAUAACGGCUCGGUUCGUGCGCAGUAUGGACACGGAGGCUGCAGCCAACCACGUUCCCAGCGCUAAGCUGCCCAGGCGUCAUAUAGCUGACCACAUCGUCCAUCCACCGUUCCACAAGGACAAAGACCCUUGGGAAGGCCCCUUGCCAGAGUCAAAAGGCUACAUCAUCAAGUCAGAUGGAGGAGUCUUCAACCUGUACCAGGGUGAGGAGGGGCAGGAGACGAGAGUGCCCUACGAGUAUAUCCACCUGUCUCAGUACAUUCAAGAUAAAAACACAAUGUGCAGCAUGAUAGCAGAUGGUCCACUAAAGUCCUUCUGCUACCGUCGGCUGAGCUACCUCUCCUCCAAGUUCCAGCUUCACGUGCUACUCAACGAGCUCCGCGAGUUGGCUUCGCAGAAGGCGGUCCCACACAGAGAUUUCUACAACAUCAGGAAAGUGGACACCCAUAUCCACGCAGCAUCUUGCAUGAAUCAGAAACAUUUGCUGCGCUUCAUCAAGAAGACUCUAAAGACACACGCCGAUGAGGUGGUAACUCUUCACAAGGGCUCACCGAUGACCCUGAAGGCGGUGUUCCAAUCCAUGAACCUCAGCACAUACGAUUUAACAGUGGAUAUGCUGGACGUGCAUGCAGACAGGAAUACCUUCCACCGAUUCGAUAAGUUCAACGCCAAGUACAAUCCGAUCGGCGAGAGCAGGCUGCGGGAGGUGUUCCUCAAGACUGACAACUACAUGAAUGGCAAAUAUUUCGCUAGGAUCAUUAAAGAAGUGGCCUCGGAUUUGGAAGAGAGCAAGUACCAAAAUGCGGAGCUCCGGCUGUCGAUAUACGGGAAGAGCGCGGACGAGUGGGCCAAGCUGGCCAAGUGGGCCAUACAGUACAACGUGUACUCUGACAACGUGCGCUGGCUCAUACAGAUACCUCGCCUAUACGAUAUCUUCAAGUCCAACAAGAUCAUGAACAACUUCCAAGAGUUCCUGAGCAACAUCUUCCUGCCGCUGUUCGAAGUCACCAACGACCCCAACAGCAACAUUGAACUGCACAAGUUCCUGACACACGUGGUCGGGUUCGACAGCGUGGACGACGAGAGCAAGCCCGAGAACCCGAUGUUGGACGCGGACGUGCGUCUGCCUGAGUGCUGGGACGACGACGAGAACCCGCCCUACGCCUACUACCUCUACUACAUGUACGCCAACAUCACCGUGCUCAACCAUUUCCGCAAGGAGCAAGGCCUGAACACAUUCGUACUACGGCCUCACUGCGGUGAGGCGGGGCCCGUGCAGCAUCUCGUCUGCGGGUUCAUGCUCGCCGAGAACAUCUCUCAUGGCCUGCUGCUCAGAAAGGUCCCAGUUCUCCAAUACCUGUACUACUUGGCCCAGAUUUACAUAGCGAUGUCGCCACUGAGCAACAACUCGCUAUUUCUGAACUAUCACCGGAAUCCACUGCCGGAGUUUUUGGCCAGGGGACUUUGUAUUACGCUGAGUACAGAUGACCCGUUGCAAUUCCACUUCACUAAGGAGCCCUUGAUGGAGGAGUACAGUAUUGCUGCUCAGGUGUGGAAGCUCAGCUCAUGUGACAUGUGCGAACUGGCACGUAAUUCUGUACUCAUGUCUGGCUUCCCGCACGAGAUGAAGCAAUAUUGGCUUGGACCCAACUACAUGAAGGAGGGUGUAGCCGGCAACGAUAUCACGCGGACAAACGUACCCGACAUUCGUAUCUCAUUCAGAUAUGAGGCACUGCUCGAUGAACUAACCAACAUAUUCAAGGCUCGCUACGCGCCCGCUGCAACGCCGACGCCAGUUCCGCAGUCUCCACUUCCGCCCAACUUCACGGCGCCCAUCGUCAGCUUGAAACGACCUUCUCUUGUAUAAUAAUUUGACAUAAUAGACAUAUAUUUUAGACAUAUCUGUAUUGGUAUUCUGUAAGCGUUUUAAGGACUCAUUUCCCUCUUCGCUCCACUCAACACUCGUCAAGCGAUUGAGCUUGACAAAUGAUAUAGUGAGUACAGUUUGCCGAGAUGAAUAUCGAGCCAUUCCAGUAGUAGCAACAAACGAAGACGUGUGAAGGUAGACGCAUAUGUCUGCCCAUAAAAAGAUUUUAUUUUCCAUCUACCCGCUGCUCUUCAGUUUACCCGUGAUCAUGGCGGUUGAAACACUGCCGAAAUAUCGAGAAAUCAGUAAAUAAAUAUAAAACGUGGUAAGAUCUCGUGAUGUUUACUAAUUAUACGUAUAAAUAAUGACCGCGUCAUAUUUAAUACUGU